AUGAAUUUCAAGCUUCGUACUCUGCUGGCCUUCAGCCUGGUAUUAUUUCUAGGCAUCGUGUCAAGUAGCCCCAUUGUUCCUCACUACCUUCGAGCUAUUGAUGUCUCCAAGGCAGUUACUCCGAAGCAAGUAGAGAACGACCUUGGCAAAGUACUCUCCAAAGGCACUUUGAUCUUUGGCCCCUCAAAUCCCGCCUUUGCUGAUGCGACUGAGAGAUGGAGCACACAUUCUAUGCCCGCUGACAUACAAGUUGUUAUUGAAGUGGCUCAAGAGUCUGAUGUUGCUAAAGUGGUCAAAUACUGCCAUCAGAAUAACAUUAACUUUCUGGCGUACACUAGGGGCCAUGGCUCUACUAAUACAGUCUCCAAGUUCAAAGGUAUUGAAAUCAAUCUGUCGAAACUCACGGGAAUCGCCAUUCAGCCCGACAAGAAGUCAGCAUUAUUCCAGGGUGGCGUAUACGCUGAUUUGAUCAUUAACAAACUCUGGAGCCAAGGAUAUAUUGUUCCUACUGGAAGCAAUGGUUGCGUCGGUCUCUUUGGGCCAGCCCUCGGAGGCGGUCUUGGCCGAUAUCAGGGCCAGUACGGCCUCAUUUCCGAUAAUUUCGUUAGCUUGAACGUUGUUCUGGCCAAUGGAACAUCCACUACCGUCAAUGCCAUAUCCAACAGCGAUCUUUUCUGGGCCAUGAAGGGCGCUGGCCAUAAUUUCGGAAUUGUUACCAGUGCCUACAUUAAGAUCUAUCCAAGAAAAGCCAAAACUUGGCACUAUCACAAUUACGUCUGGUCUCAAGACAAGCUGGAGAAAGUCUUUGAAGCGCUGAACAGGUUUCAAGGGAAGGGACAGAUUCCCGCACUGAUGGGUGUCAACUUUGGCCAAUUCUCUAUUGAACCCCGAAUUAGUGAGACGGAGGCUGUCAUCAUCUGGUCGUUUGCAUAUGAUGGCCCCGCUGCUGCUGCUGAAAAGCUCUUGGCUCCAUUCAACGCAAUUUUCGCCAUCUCAAGCACCAAAGGCGAUGUAUCCUACUCAGAGUUGCUUGUUGCCCAACAAACAGAUAUAAACAGCUCGUCUUGUUCCUCGCAACCAUACGUUGGAAGCACGACCUGGCUUCAGACAUAUAACGUAACGUCUCAGCGUGCGAUUUACGAUCUCUUCAACAAGCAAAUCGCACAAAACCCUGGUCUUGCACCUGGUGCUCGCGUGUUUUUUGAAGGCUAUUCGACCAAAGCCACUCAAACAAUUGACCCCAAUUCCUCUUCCUACCCUCACCGUGACGAAUAUCUGCUCGUUUUCUUUGCCGUUGUCACUCCGCCAUCUUUGGAAUCUGUUGGGCGAGCUUGGGCUGAUAAAACGUUGGCCAUCUGGCAUGCAAGUCAACCUGGCCGUCGGCCUGCCACAUAUGUCAACUAUGCCGUGGGAAACGAGCCUCUUGAGUCCAUCUACGGCUACAAUGGCCAGUUAACGAAGUUGAGGGCUCUAAAAUCCAAGUAUGAUCCUUUAAACAAAUUCAGAUGGUAUAACCCAAUUGUCGCCUACUAG